AUGCCGCCACAUCUGCGGCGGACGCUGCCGCGGUACAACUCGCAGCGGUCGCAUCCGCAGAACGCUGCGCCGCUCGAACACCCGGACUGGCCGCCGUACGUCGCGCCAACUGCCUCGGUGCUGACGCCGACGGCCGUCGCGCGCUUGGGCGACGGGUCCGACAUGGGCUUUGGGCAGGAAGGGUCGAACGCAGCAUCGCGGCCAGUCUUGCACAACUACGACAGCACGUCGCGGUCUAGCGUACCGGCGGCGCGCCUUGCAGAGUACCGCAGGACGCACUCGAUGCUCAAGGGGCCUUCGCACCAGCGCCACGCGCACUUUGCGACCGAGUCGCCGCGUGCGGCCGCACGCACGCGCCUAGGCCCGCCGCCUGUCUUGCACAAGCUGCAGCGCCGUGGCAUAGGCUUGCACGCGGAUGCGCUGCCGCCCGCCGACGGCGCGGGCAUGAAUGAUUCGGUGGAUGACACGAUCCGGCAUACACUGCAUGUCCUCAAAGGCCACGAACAGCAGGCGAUGGGUGACAAUGUCCAGCGGAUCGAGUUGCCGAAUGGCGGCCCCGUGUUCCAUCUCACGACUACGCCCAUGUCUCAGUUUGCCGAGCACGAGCCACAAGCGCUCGAUUCACCGCAACCCUCGACUGAGUUUGCGCUGACCGAUCCUAUCCGGCCGCUGAUGCGCGACUCGGUGGCGCCUGCUGCGUCCAAGCCCACGCCCAAGGCGUCGAUUGCCCAACAUGUGGACGAGAGUGUGCUGAAUGCCGCGUUCAAGGAAAAAUACACGGUCGAAGAGGAGCUUGGCUCAGGUGGCUUUGGCUUUGUGGUCGGUGCCACGCGCAAGUCUGACAAUGUCAAGGUCGCGGUCAAGUUUAUCUGGCGGCACAAGGUGCCCAAGCACCAGUGGGUGCACGAUCCGCACUACGGCCCCAUUCCGAUGGAGGUCUUUGUGCUGAAGAUUGUGCGGCAUCCCAACAUUAUCCGGUUCGUCGACCUGUUCCAAGACGGGCGCUUCUUUUACCUGGUCAUGGAACGCCACGGCUCCGACUGGAACUUGGAGCCGAAAGAGGGCGAAUCUGCUCACGACUCCGUCCGGACCGUGGCCGAGGUCGCAAAGCAGACUGUGCCCGACGACACGCCUGCGCUCCUCGCGCCGAGCGGUGUCUUGGGCAGCGUUGCGCCGCCCCUACAGAAUGUGCCGAAUCUCAAGGUGUGCACGCCGAGUGACCUGUUUGAGUGCAUCGACAAGCACUCGUACCUUUCGGAAAAAACGUCGCAGUGGAUCUUUGCCCAGGUGGUCGAGGCCGUGUACUAUCUGUCGACGCUCGGCAUCUACCACUGCGACAUAAAAGAUGAAAACUGUGUGAUUGACGCUGACUUCAACGUAAAACUGAUCGACUUUGGCUCCUCUGUGAUUACCGACGCACGGAAACCCCAGCCUCUGUACAGUAAAUUCUUUGGGACCAUGACCUUUGCCAGCGCAGAAAUCCUCCGUGGACAACCCUACCGCGCACCGAGCGCCGAGGUGUGGAGUCUGGGCGUCCUGCUCAGCAUCCUCAUCACAGGCAACUGCCCAUUUGCACACCCCGACGCCGCCGUGCGCGGCGAACUGUCCACCCCGCGUGGAUUCUACAGCCAGGGCGCAUGGGACGUGCUUGUUUCGUGUCUCACCGUGGACGUCGACAAGCGCAUCUCCAUCGCGAACCUGCGCACUCAUCCAUGGGUUGCUCGCGCUUGGGAAGGCCGGCCACGCACGCCGAUCUCCGAACGCAACCCCGUUAAUGACCUGCAUAAUGACUAG